AAGAAAUCAACAGAAAAUAAGAAUUAUGGCAAAGUACACUACUUUUCUCGCUCUCCUCCUUUGCCUCUUCCUUGUUGCUGCAACUGAAAUACAAAUGGCAGAAGGAAAAUAUUGUUGGAAAAAAAGUGUCAAGUGGAAUGGGCCUUGUCAAUACUCUUACAAAUGUAGUCAUCAUUGCAAGUACUACUAUGGAGCUAAAUAUGGUAUUUGUAAGAAGUACAAACCAUGGGGUCACAAAUAUUACUGGGCAAAAUAUGCUUGCUACUGCUACUCACCUUGCCACUACUAAGAAUAUUUCAGUAUCUCAUGGCUUGGUUUUGACUAUGUAAACAAAUAAUUAAGAAACCUAUUUUAUGUGUGUAACAAUGUAAUAAGGAUGAUUUAUGUGUGCAACUAUUUUGCCCAAGCUUUGCUUGAUGAAUAAAUGUAUUGUGUUGUAUCCAAUUAUUCUCAAAAUUGACCUAUAGCUCACUUAUGUCUGUGAAAAACGUGUGUGGAAUUGGAAUUCCUAAUGAAACUUGGUUUGGUUUUGGACAAUAAAGUGUAGAAGAUUUAAAUUUGA